AGGGAGGAACGAUCGAGCACGAUGCAGGUGCUUGCGUGAAAGUGAAACAUAUCACCACGGUCCAUCAAGGUGGCAACAAAUACAAGACCUCACCACUUAGGUGAAGUCAAAAACCAGUCAGUGCUCUGCGGCGAAGCAAAGACCCAACACGGAUAAAGAAUGCUACAUGCCAGGAUUGGCCUCAGCCCCUCCGAAGCCUCCACCCCACCGCCAGCCAAACGAGGAUUAAAUAAAGAAAAUAAGUGAAUGAGGCUGUCUGAAAGCAGGCUUUGCUUGUUGGCGGACAGAACAUCGUACGCUUAACGUGAUCCAUUUGCGACAGUGGGAUGACUCAAAUUUGCAUCCCCAUUCAGUAAUUAAAUACUGUAAAUUACAAAUCAUUUUUAAAAAUAAAACACUGUCAUCGAGCCAUUUUGGCUCGGCCUGAUCUUUACUCAUUUUGAUACAUUCCCUUAAGAUCUUAAUCUGCUUGUAUUUCAGUAUUUUGGCACCAAAUAGACAAGAUGUACUGGUCCUUGGACAUGCUGCCCUCGCCUCCUUAUGUUGAGCUUGGUGUCCAGUCACUAAGCGGCCUUCUGUGGACUGUCCUGCUCUUGUUCCUGUGGCACUGUUACCGGAUAGGCUCGGACCUCCCAAUGGCGGCGGGUCACGUACGUGCGGGAAAGAUGCUCUCAAGAAGGUCCGUGGUGUCUUUGGGCGGAACAGAGUAUAAAGCACAAUCGAAGCUUUACAGGGGUGAUCUAAGCAUGGAAACAGAAGAGGAUGAGGAGCCGGGGCAAGGCUACCUCAGAUCCGUUCUGAGCCAUGCCUUGUUCCCGGCGCAGGCAUCCGCCCAGGCCAAGAAACUGUACUCGGCGCUGCAAGAGUAUGCCAAACGCUACAGCUGGGUGGGAAUGGGCCGCAUUCAUAAAGGCCUUCGUGAACAGAUGAAACUUAAAGAUCAUUCAGCCAUCCAGAAGCCACAUCUCUUCUUCUUGCCAGAUGUGCCAAGUGUUCCUUUUUUCCCUCGUGAUGCCCAUCGUCACGAUAUUGAUGUCUUGGAAGCAAACUACCCGGUAAUCUUGGAAGAGUUCCAGGCUGUUUACCGGAGAGGCAUUGAUUCCAAAUUUGGCUGGACCAGUGUGGGACCAAAGGGCCAGGCAGUGUUUCCACUGUACAAUGCAGGCGUGUACGUGGCAGCCAACUGUCGCUUCUGUCCCCGCACACACCGGACGCUGCUGUCUCUGCGUACAUUUAUAAGCAGCAACUCUUUGGGAUCGGCUGGAUUUUGGUUGCUGGGACCCGGUGUUGUGCUGGGGAGCUCGUAUGGACCCACUAAUGCGCGGCUGCGGUGUCACCUAGGUCUGCAAACACCCGCUCUGUGUGAGCUGGUGGUGGGAGGGGAGCCCCAGUGCUGGUCCGAGGGACACUGCCUGCUGGUCGACGACUCAUUUCUUCACACUGUCUCGCACAAAGGGCCCCCGGAUGCUGGCCCUCGCGUCAUUCUCAGCGUGGAUGUCUGGCAUCCGAAUGUGGCGGCAGCUGAGAGACAAGCGCUGGAUUUCAUGUUCAGUCCUGAUCUCUGAGAGAUUCAUCACUCUUGAGCCCCGACUCCUGAAUCCACUCUGACCUGUGAACUCUGCAAGUUAUGCAACAUGCGGUGGUGCCUGUUGUUUGGUACAUUCCACCUUAGCCUAUGGCUCAUGGUGUGCUUUAGCCUUGAAACUCAUACUGGCCAUUCCGGGUACUUUUGACCACUGAUGUACUCAAGGUGUGUAGAUAAAAAUAUUAUUAUAGCUGAACUUUGGUUGCGUAACUACAGUAUGCGCCUCACUCAUUUAAGUUUGGAGCGUAGGAGUUAUUUUUCAGUCUUCACGUCACAUGAUAUUCUCCCGAAGGUAUUUGCAUGUAAAAAAAAACUUUGAAUGCUCUUCUUAAUGUUGAUGCAUUU